GAACAAGAAAUAGCCCUAUCCGGAAGUCCUUUGAGAGAUGCUACGGAAACUAAAUAUGCACCUGUGUGUAUUCAACCCAUCGAGGAUAAUUACGAACUUACACCCAUUCAAAAAUUUUACAGUGGUCAAAGUAUUUUUAUAACUGGUGGAACAGGAUUCGUAGGAAAGUUAUUGAUCGAGAAAUUGUUAAGAGAAUGUCCCGGUAUCACUUGCAUUUAUCUUUUGAUACGUACAAAAAAAGGAAAAAGUGUGCAUCAACGCAUGAAAGAACUAAUCGAAAAUUCUUUAUUUUCCACUUUGAGAAAGAAACAACCAACAUUCCAGAAUCGUAUAGUCCCAAUCAAGGGCGAUUGUACCUUGCCGAAUCUCGAUAUCUCAAUGGUCGAUAGAGCUACAUUAAUACGCGAGGUCUCAAUAAUUUUUCAUGUCGCCGCAACCGUUAAGUUCAACGAGAAAAUAAAAUUGGCGACAGAAAUCAACGUUCGAAGUGUAAAGGAUAUAAUACAUUUGUCCAAAGAAAUGUUAAAACUGAAGAGUGUUGUGCAUGUAUCUACGGCUUAUGCCAAUUGUUUUCAUAUUCCACUCGAGGAGAAAUUUUAUGACCCACCCAUAGAUCCCGAUAAGUUGAUAAAUUUAGUGAACUCUUUAAAUGAAAAAUUGCUCAACGAUAUUACCCCACAAUUACUCGGAAUAUGGCCAAAUACUUACGUUUAUACAAAAACAGUCGCAGAGAAUCUUAUAAAGAAACAUGCUGACUCUAUACCGAUUGGAAUAUUUCGUCCAGGAAUUGUGAUAUCCACGUACCGAGAACCUAUCCGAGGAUGGAUCGACAACAGGAAUGGACCAAUAGGAAUUACAACAAGUGUUUUUAUGGGAUUAAUGCGAACUCACCAUUGUGAUGGAUCGAUAAAUGUGGACUUUGUACCUGGAGAUUUUACCAUCAAUGGAAUAAUCGCUAGCGCAUGGGAGAUUGCAAAUAAUCGAAAAUCCAAUGAAGAUAUUCCCAUUUACAAUUAUGUAUCAAAGGACAAUCCAUUGACUUACGGCAGAUUUAUAGAAAUGAUAGUUUCGUAUGGAGGAGUGGUACCGUCUGAAAAGGCAUUUUGGUGCCCCAUCUUUGAAAUAACAAAAUAUCGGCCAAUCUAUCUUUCCUACGUAUAUUUUUUACAUUUACUACCAGCUCUUAUAAUCGACACAAUCUUUUUGUUCAGGGGUAAAAACCAAAGGUUACUCAGAAUGUACAAUAAAAUUCACGAAAUGUCAGAUCUACUUAGUUAUUUUUCUAUAAACGAAAAAAAAUUUACAAAUGAAAGAUGGAACGAAUUGAUGAGGAAGUUGACGCCCGAAGAUCGUGAAUUAUUCUUUUGUGAUAUGAAGGAUCUCGUAUGGAAUACUUAUUUUGAAACAUACUUCACAGGCGUAAGAAAAUAUAUCUUAAAGGAUCCUAUUGAAACACUCCCACAAGCUCGUAUAAAAUGGCGAAGGUUUUAUUUGAUGCAUCAAGCAAUGAAACUUUUUAUCGCCUGUGUCCUAUUUAUCAUCACAUGGGCUAUGAUUUCCAGACUCCUUGUAACGUUUGGAUCUUUGUAAAAGAAGCAAAAAUAAGCAAAAGAAUGAAGGAUAAAAAUAAUCAUAAUUUAGACUAUCGCGUAUGUACGAAUCAAUAAUUUC